AUGCGAGGGGACUGCAAGGAUGGUUCCUGCCUGAUGAACACCACCGGCCCCCUCCUCUUGCAGGGGCGUCAGCACUUGAAGCUGAACCUGCAAGUCCAAGCUGAAUGCUCGACUUCCUCGGAAGAUUGCAGGGCCACAGGUUGUUGCCAGGAUUCGGAGUUCCGAUGCUUCGAGAAGAACGAGUUCUGGGCCGGCUGCCGUGAGAGCUGCCAGCCUGGGGAGACGAGCCCGCUGGAUGACCCCGAGUAUCAGACUCCUUGGACCUGCACUCUCAUCGGCUCAACGCCCACGCCGAGCCCCACGCCAACCCCCACGCCGACCCCCUCGCCUCCGUCGCCCACGCCCACGCCGGUGAACGGAGAUGUCUUUGUGACGGGGUCAGCGGGCUCAGGCAAAGCCAGGCUCUUUGAGUUCAUCGAUGCGCUGACCGACCAGCCCGUCGCUGGCUCGGCUGCAAGGGCGGUGCAUUCGUCAGGUGGGGCUGCCGGUGGAGUCGUGAGCGAGAGUCAGGGAUAUGGCCUGCUGCUGUCGGGUGCACUUUUGGCGUCCCUUGAUGAAGGCGAUCAAGACCGCCAGCGCAUCAUGGACUACACACACCAGAUGUUCUUGGGCUGGCGCCGGAUGUGCGAACUGUCUGCGGGAAGCGGCAGCUGUCAGGAUGACGAAGGCUUUCAGUGUGGAGGAGGACAGUAUCCUUGUUUGGCCCACUGGAAGUUCGACGACAGCCUCGCGUAUGCCAUUGGCAGUGGCUCUGCUCCAGAUGGAGAUGCAGAUGCUUUGGCUGGAAUGUUGCUUGCCGUGCUCGCGCUGGAACGCGCCAGCUCACCACCGUCCUGGCUGGAAGAGGUUGGUCAGUGGGCCUAUGACACGUGCAAGCAAUUCCACAUGAGUUCGACUGUGCCAUCCAGUUCUGGCAACCACAGAAUUGUGAAGCUGGGUGCUUGCUGGGGAGGCUGGGGCAGCAAUGGUCAAAACCCGAGCUACCAUGCGCCUGCAGUCUACAGGAUGUGCCGCAACUACAUGAAGACUCACGAUUCAAUGUUCGGAGGCUCCGCGCAAGAGGGCGAUGGCUAUGAAGCAGAGUGGAACAAGCUGAUCGCAACCACGUACAAGAUGUUCGAAGCCACACAGUGCGACUCCAACGGACUGGUCCCGAACUGGGCCAAAGUCUUCGAAGAGGGGUCAGCACUCAGGGCGGAGACGGGUUUCUCGGGCAGCGGCACACCUGGUCCAGAGUACGGCGCGGAGGCGAGUCGCGCAACUUGGCGAGUUGCGCUGGACUAUUUGCUAUUCCCCAAUGAGGCAGGUGACGCCGUUGGAUUCUUGGACCCAUUGGCAUCUCACUUGGAAACGCGGGAAUCUGGCGGCAACUGGGCUGAGUCGCUCACCAUCGACGGAAGCUGCCUGGUGAACAGCGUGCACAGUUCCUGGUCCCAGAACAUGUUCAUGGCAGGGCCUACCUUCACUUGCUUGGUUUGCCCGGCCAACUCUGUGGAUGCCGGCAGGCAGCAAGAGCUGAUUGAUGCAGCUGGCACGCGGGUUGCCUCCAAGGCGAUCGAUGACUACUACUCAGGAAGCUGGGUCGCUAUUAGCACCAUCACCUUGAACGGGGAUCUGGUGCGAGCUGCGCAGGGCGCUGGUCUGCUUUCGUCUAACACGGCAACAGCCACCGGCACAGCCAGCACAACAGCAACAGCCACGACGGCCACCACGGCCACGCCGGCCACAACGCCCACAACGACCAUAGCUACGACAGCCAGCCCCACGACCACAGGUGGCCAGUGCUCAUUGGCCUCAGAGGACUGUCGAACGACUGGUUGUUGCCAGGAUUCGGGGUUCCGAUGCUUCGAGAAGAACGAGUUCUGGGCCGGCUGCCGUGAGAGCUGCCAGCCUGGGGAGACGAGCCCGCUGGAUGACCCCGAGUAUCAGACUCCUUGGACCUGCACUCUCAUCGGCUCAACGCCCACGCCGAGCCCCACGCCAACCCCCACGCCGACCCCCUCGCCUCCGUCGCCCACGCCCACGCCGGUGAACGGAGAUGUCUUUGUGACGGGGUCAGCGGGCUCAGGCAAAGCCAGGCUCUUUGAGUUCAUCGAUGCGCUGACCGACCAGCCCGUCGCUGGCUCGGCUGCAAGGGCGGUGCAUUCGUCAGGUGGGGCCGCCGGUGGAGUCGUGAGCGAGAGUCAGGGAUAUGGCCUGCUGCUGUCGGGUGCGCUUUUGGCGUCUCUUGAUGAUGGCGAUCAAGACCGCCAGCGCAUCAUGGAUUACACACACCAGAUGUUCUUGGGCUGGCGCCGGAUGUGCGAACUGUCUGCGGGAAGCGGCAGCUGUCAGGAUGACGAAGGCUUUCAGUGUGGAGGAGGACAGUAUCCUUGUUUGGCCCACUGGAAGUUCGACGACAGCCUCGCGUAUGCCAUUGGCAGUGGCUCUGCUCCAGAUGGAGAUGCAGAUGCUUUGGCUGGAAUGUUGCUUGCCGUGCUCGCGCUGGAACGCACCAGCUCACCACCGUCCUGGCUGGAAGAGGUUGGUCAGUGGGCCUAUGACACGUGCAAGCAAUUCCACAUGAGUUCGACUGUGCCAUCCAGUUCUGGCAACCACAGAAUUGUGAAGCUAGGUGCUUGCUGGGGAGGCUGGGGCAGCAAUGGUCAAAACCCGAGCUACCAUGCGCCUGCAGUCUACAGGAUGUGCCGCAACUACAUGAAGACUCACGAUUCAAUGUUCGGAGGCUCCGCGCAAGAGGGCGAUGGCUAUGAAGCAGAGUGGAACAAGCUGAUCGCAACCACGUACAAGAUGUUCGAAGCCACGCAGUGCGACUCCAACGGACUGGUCCCGAACUGGGCCAAAGUCUUCGAAGAGGGGUCAGCACUCAGGGCGGAGACGGGUUUCUCGGGCAGCGGCACACCUGGUCCAGAGUACGGCGCGGAGGCGAGUCGCGCAAUUUGGCGAGUUGCGCUGGACUAUUUGCUAUUCCCCAAUGAGGCAGGUGACGCCGUUGGAUUCUUGGACCCAUUGGCAUCUCACUUGGAAACGCGGGAAUCUGGCGGCAACUGGGCUGAGUCGCUCACCAUCGACGGAAGCUGCCUGGUGAACAGCGUGCACAGUUCCUGGUCUCAGAACAUGUUCAUGGCAGGGCCUACCUUCACUAGCUUGGUUUGCCCAGCCAACUCUGUGGAUGCCGGCAGGCAGCAAGAGCUGAUUGAUGCAGCUGGCACGCGGGUUGCCUCCAAGGCCAUCAACGACUACUACUCGGGUAGCUGGGUGGCCAUCAGCACCAUCACCCUGAAUGGAGACCUGGUGCGAGCUGCCCAAGGGGCUGGGCUACUGUCUACCACCACCACCACCACCACUAGCACCACCACCGCCGCCACCACCACCACCACCACCACCACCACAACUACACCCAUGGGGUAUAGUCGGGUCUUUGAGCCAGUGGAUGGUGGCUCUGACAGAGCCUGCCGCGGCAGCAGCAGCUCGGACAACUCGGCCAGCUACUACACAGUGGUGUCCGCCCCAUCUUUGGCUGCAUGCAAGGACCAGUGCGCCGGCCUCAGCGGCUGCGCGGGCCUCGAAUUCAAGGGCACCCGCUGCGAGCUGUGGACCAGAAGCAUCCUGGCCACACACCCACUCAGUGGCUACACGUGUUUGCGCUACGUGGACCCCACUUCUCUGCGGCAGGGCACCUUUCAGGCAGUGGACGGCGGCGAAAACCGGGUCUGCCGCGGGGCAUCGGCCAGCGACAAUUCGGAGAGCUACUUCGAAGUGGCCCAAGGCAUGGCAGUCUCGGGUUGCCAGAGAUUAUGCCAGCUGCGAGCCGACUGCGUCGGUGUGGAACAUCACGAAGGGGGCCGCUGCGAGCUUUGGACGCGGGCGCUGGGCAUCCAGGCGAGCAAGGCGGCUUCAGGAUACUCCUGCUGGCGCUUCGUGUCGGACGACGCGCCGCCGCCGCCGCCUUCGCGCGACGGCAGCUUUGAGGCGGUGGACGGCGGUGAGGGCCGGGCGUGCCGCGGCUCUGGCCCGUCUGACAACCUGCAGAGCUACUACUCGGUGGCCGGGUUACCGUCCCUCCAGUCCUGCCAGGAUCUUUGUCGAACCUCCGACACCUGCAAAGGAGUGGAGUUCAGCCCCGGGCGGUGCGAGCUUUGGACCCGCACGGGGGGCAUUGGCAGCUCCAAGGCCCUGGAAGGCUACAGCUGCUGGAGAUUUGUGGAGCAAGUUGCAAGCUAA